GAGAUUGCCGGAGCUCGCGCGCAGGGAGCGCGGCUGCUCGGCCAUGGCUGAAAACCUGUGCCGAGCCCGGGCCCGGGUCUACCCCCCGUCCGUACUGUUCCUGCACCCGGACCUGGGCGUGGGCGGUGCCGAGCGGCUAGUGCUGGACGCGGCGCUGGCGCUGCAGGAGUACGGCUGUGACGUGAAGAUAUGGACCGCGCACUACAACCCGAACCACUGCUUCCUGGAGACCCGCGAGCUCCCGGUGCACUGCGCCGGGGACUGGCUGCCCCGCAGCCUGGGCUGGGGCGGCCGCGGCGCCGCCAUCUGCGCCUACGUGCGCAUGAUCUUUCUGGCUCUCUACGUGCUGUUUCUCUCUGGCGAGGAAUUUGACGUGGUCGUGUGCGACCAGGUGUCUGCCUGUAUACCUGUCUUCAAACUGGCGAGACGGCGUAAGAAGGUCCUGUUUUACUGUCACUUCCCAGAUCUACUGCUUACAAAGAGAAAUUCUGCUCUGAAGCGGUUCUACAGGGCCCCCAUUGACUGGAUCGAGGAAUACACCACAGGCAUGGCAGAUCGCAUCUUGGUCAACAGCCAGUACACAGCUUCCGUCUUUAAGGAAACCUUCAAGACCCUGUCUCAUGUAAACCCUGAUGUCCUCUACCCGUCCCUGAACAUCGGCAGCUUUGACUUGGCUGUUCCUGAGAAGAUAGAUGACCUAGUCCCCAAGGGGAAACAGUUCCUGUUCCUCUCUAUCAACCGAUUUGAAAGGAAGAAGAAUCUACCUUUGGCGCUGAGCGCCCUAGUCCAGCUUCGUGGACGGUUGACUUCUCAAGACUGGGAGAGGGUUCAUCUGUUCAUGGGUGGUGGUUACGACGAUAGGGUCCUGGAAAACGUGGAGCACUAUAAGGAGUUAAAGAAAAUAGUCCAGCAGUCAGACCUUGAGCGCCACGUGACCUUCCUGCCAUCCUUCUCAGACAGACAGAAGAUCUCGCUCCUCCACGGCUGUUUGUGUGUGCUUUACACCCCAAGCAAUGAGCACUUUGGCAUCGUCCCUCUGGAGGCCAUGUACAUGCAGUGCCCAGUCAUCGCCGUCAACUCAGGGGGGCCCUUGGAGUCUGUUGUUCACAAGGUCACAGGGUUUCUGUGUGAACCUGACCCAGUGCACUUCUCAGAGGCGAUGGAACAGUUCAUCCACAAGCCAUCCUUGAGAGCCACGAUGGGCCUGGCUGGAAGAGCCAGGGUAGCAGAGAAGUUCUCCGCUGAAGUGUUUGCGGAACAGCUCUUCCAGUAUGUCACCAAACUCGUGUAGCCGGGACACCUCUAGAGCUCAGGGCCAGUAUGCGAGUUGCGCUGCAAUCCUUAUGGGUUGUGGAAGCAGCUCUGAAACCAAAAAGAAGGAGCUAGAAUCUAGUGCUAGUAAGAUCAUUUUUUUAAGUAGACUUGAGUCUUGAAUGUGAGCCACCUGUCCACCACUCCUACCUGUGAUUUUCUAAAAAUAUCCUUAAUGCUGUAAUCAUUCCAGAUCUCGUCAGCGUUGUUGAAAGAAUGGUAGAAACCUGCUGCCAGCAGGGUAUUUUAAUUCUGUUUUCCUGGAUUAUUGUUCCUUUAUAUAUAAAGGUGUAAUCGUCCACUGCCUUAAUUGGCUUUAAUUGUUUAGGUCUUGCCAUUGUCACAGUUGAUUGAUUUGACUUCAGGGUGUAAUGGGAACGGGCAAUUGCGGGUUUCACGCUCAGUUCUGUUAAAGUGUUCUCUGUUAGCUGUUAGGAAAGUUUUGUUUGAAUUUUGCCUGGAUCCAUAACGAGAAUGCUCAGUAUUAUUUAU